AUGUCAAAACCACCAAAAUUAAUUUUUAAAACAAAAUUAAUUCUUUUUAUUUUAAUUAAUUUAUUAAUUUCUAAUAAAUUAUUUGCUGCAGAAAAUGUUGGAGGGGAAAUUAAUAAAGAAGAAAUUAAUGAAGAAAGAGAAGAAGAUAAUAUUUCUACUACACAAAUUUCAACAACAACAAUUACCACACCUAUACCUAAAAAUUAUGUUGGCUCCUAUUUGGUUAUAGCUCCAAAAAUUGUCAGAUCAAGAUUGCCAUAUGCUGUAUCUGUUAAUAUUUUGAGAAGUUCAGAACCUGACCAUAUAGUUCGGGUUGAAAUAAGGGAUUCUAGAAAUGAAACAAUUGCGGCACGGGUUGUUAGUAAUGUUAAAACAGAAGAAGGUUUAUUGACUGAAGAGCAAUAUUCUGUUUAUGUUAAAGCUGAAACUAUAGCUUCCCGUACAGUAUUUGAAGAUUCUGCCUCAAUUCGUGCCAGUCAAAAAAGUAUUAGUAUUUUUGUCCAGACUGACAAAGCAAUUUAUAAACCUGGCUCUGAUGUUCAUUAUCGUGUAAUUGUUGUAACCCCAGAAUUGACUCCAUAUUCAGAACCAGUCAGUUUAUAUAUUGAAGAUCCAAACCAAAACAGAAUUGUCGAUACACCAAAAAUUGAAUUGAAAAAAGGGGUUCAUUCUGGAGAAUUAAUCCUUUCAACUGAACCUCCUCUCGGAAUUUGGCGGAUUUUUGUUACUACAAAAUCUGGACAAAAAUUUAAUAAAGAAUUUACUGUUGAACGUUAUGUUCUACCAAAAUUCGAAGUAAAUAUCAAAACACCAACAUAUAUAACAAUUAACGAUUCAUUAGAUGUCACAAUAAUAGCAAAAUAUACUUACGGAAAUGGCGUUGCUGGAAAAGUCAAAAUUCGUUUAGAAUUGCCAUUCCCUCGUUGGUCAAUCCAUUCUUUACAACACCAACCAAAAUUAGAAAAUGGGGGAAUUGAAAAAACAUUAAAAUUAAAUCCAAUUGGAGAAACUUUUAUUCAUUUUGAUAAUCAAGAAUUGAGGGAAAGAAAAUUAAUUAUGGAUUAUGGAGGGAGUACUUUAAGGUUAAUUGCUGAAGUUGUUGAAGAAUUAACUGAACAAACACGUAAUAGUUCUGCACAGUUAACAAUAUAUGAAUAUGAUGUUAAAUUAGAAUUAGAAAAACAAGGAGAAACAUUUAAACCUGGAUUGCCUUAUUCUGUUGUUAUUGCUUUAAAACAAAUGGAUGAUAGUCCAAUAAAAUCAUCUUUACCUCGACGUGUUCAUUUAACAACAUUUUAUUUUUUCCUUUCAACAAGUACACAGGAAGAGAAGGAAGUUAAAAUACUUGAAUUGGAUGCACACGGAACUGCUAUAAUGCAAUUACUUCCUCCAUUAAAUUGCUCAAAUUUCCGUGUCGAAGCCUCUUAUGACCGUUCAGGACAUGAUAACUUUACAAAUUCCCCAAUUUAUUCCUCAUUGUAUGUUGAAGCUGCUAAAAGUCCUUCCCAAUCAUUUUUACAAGUAAAUGCUGAUAAUCAGGGAAUUGUUGAUGCUGGAAAAACACUUUCAUUUAGCGUUAAAUGUACAGAACCAAUGACUGCUUCUUUAACAUAUCAAGUUGUUGCUCGAGGAAUUGUUGUUUUAAGUGAACAGAUAGCUUUUCCACAAGAAGGACAAACUAAUGCUAUAAUUAAUUUUGAGGCUACACCACAAAUGGCUCCAAAAGCAAGACUUGUAGUUUAUGCAAUUAGGUGA